AUGACCUCUAAGAACCACUUCAUUGUUCGAAUAACAAAUGCUCUGUUCAAACAAUCAUUAUCUAAAACUGCUCAGCCAGUUUUCUCUAAACCGAUUUCUCAUUUUGAGAUUAAACCCAAUGAGAACUGGGUUCUGUGGGGCCCUGGAAAAGCCAAAAUGAUGAAUAUCUUAUCGAAUAAAUACUUAUGUGAAUCACCAACAUCUAUGAGCUUUAUGAAAUUGAAUCCUCAUGUGGAACAAGUGCAGUUUAAAGGUGUUAUUCCAACAGCUCAUUUAAGUGCCCGUUAUGAAUAUUACAAGGAUGAGUUUGACCAAACUUGUAAACAAUUUAUUUUGGAUAAUGGUGCGAACUCUAACAAAGUUUCAUAUAAGAUCAGCACGUCAGACAGAAAGGUCAAUAUGGAACUGUAUAAUAAAUUGAUUAAAAGCUUGAAGUUAGUGGAACUACAAGAUAGAUAUGCUAUGGGGUUGAGUAAUGGACAAAUGAGAAGGGCCAGACUGACGCACACUUUACUGAAAGAACCUGAUCUAUUGCUUGUGGAUGAUCCCUUUUUAGGAUUGGAUCCUACGGCGACUUCUAUCAUUUCUAAAUUCUUGGCUACUUACAAUCAUGAGACUUUGGGUGGGUGUCCCAUUGUUAUUGGUUUGAGAUAUCAAGAUCCAUUACCUGCAUGGACAACACAUAUUUGUUGUGUAGACGAAACAAAUGGUAUUUUAUUCCAAGGUCCCAUAAAUGAAUUACAGCAGAAAAUAAAUGCCAUAAAAAGUCGAGAAGAUAAAAUACUCCAAGAGAAAAAGGUUCUAAAAACUGCAGAGAAUUCCUUUGAAAUAGACGAUUUGGUAGCGUCGCAUCCGAUGUAUGGAAGGGAUAGACACGAAAUUAUAAAGAUGCCAGAAACGAUUGAAUUAAAAGGAUUAGAUGUAUCAUAUAAAGGUGAGUUUGUUUUGAGGAAUUUACGUUGGAAAGUGGAACCUGGUAGUAAAUGGCAUAUUAGAGGUGACAACGGAAGUGGUAAGUCCACAUUGUUGUCAUUACUUACAGCAGAACACCCACAGUCAUGGAACUCCAAAGUUGUGGAAAAUGGAAAAGAAAGAAGAACAGGAAAUGCAAAUUAUUUCGAUAUAAAUAAGCGAAUCGGAAUGUCCUCUCCAGAGUUACAUGCCAUCUUCUUAAAGAAUUCAGGUGAUAGAUUGAGCAUUCGUGAGUGUAUCGCAACAGGAUUUCACGAAGGAUCUUCCAAUAAUUUUAUUCCUAUGUGGGACAAAUUGAGUGACAACCAGAAGAAGAUUGUGAACAUGUACAUUACUUACUUUGAAUUACAAGAUAUUUCUGAAACAAAGUUGUUCGAUGAGGUUAGUGUUAGCAAACAGAAAUUGAUCUUAUUUGUUAGAAGCUUGGUCAAGAUGCCCGAAGUACUCAUCUUAGAUGAGGCAUUUUCCGGUAUGGAGGCAGAACCAAUGAUUCGUUGUCAAGAAUUUUUGGAAUAUUGGCCAGGAACUGUUCUUGUUGUAUCUCAUAUUGCAGAAGAAACACCAAAAUGUGAUCAUUUCUUGAGAUUAAUAUCACCUGGUCAAUAUACUAUUGGUAAUAUAGAAAACUGA